AUGGCUGCUCGGCAGAGAUCUGUGGACUCCUUCUGUCAGCGCACUCUGACUGCUGGCUGCCUCCUCCUCACUGCCCUGUGGGUGCAGGGUGGAGCCGCUGUGCCUGUUGGUUCUCAAUGCAGACUGAACAAGGUUGACUUACCGCCGCCCGAAGUUACCAACCACACCUUCAGGCUGGCCGAGGAGGCCAGUUUGGCAGAUAACAACACAGAUGUUCGUCUCUUUGGGUAUUAUCAGCUGUUCCGUGGAGUGAAUGUGCCAGAUUAUUGUUACCUGAUGAAGCAGGUUCUGAACUUUACCGUUGAAGAAGUGCUGCGCCCCAACUCUUAUAGGUACCAGCCCUAUAUGGACACAGUGCUCCCCUAUCUGAUAAGGAUCAAUAACAAGCUGAACCAAUGUCAUAUUGACAGAGAUGAUCACAAUAUCCAGAGAAAUGUGCAAAAACUGAAGGAGACUGUUCGAAAGCUUGGAGAGAGUGGAGAAAUCAAAGUAAUUGGAGAACUGAACUCGCUUCGUGAUCUUCUGGUCAUUGGAUGCUUUAAAUUAGAGUAA